CAUUGCAUCAUCAUGGCGUCCUUGGACUUGCUCUCCCCGCUCUGUGGAGUCCCCCAGAAGGAGCUACCACUUCUGGGUCUGGAUCCCUCUGAUUUCAGCCUCUACAGCCCUCCGCCUCUCCCUGAGCUCAGCCAGUCUUCAUGGCUGCCACCUCCGCACCUCGGCGAGGAGUUUUUCAGCUACAGCAACCCAGACUCCGGCCUUCCCUGUGGGGCUGCGGGAGAGUCCAUGGGCCACCCUUCCUUCGGAGCUCCUGCUCAGCAUUACGGCCUUCAGAGACCUUUGCUCCCUGCUGGGCCCUGGUUCUCCCCAGGAGGCUUGAUGGGCCUGGCCCGCCCACCAUACUCCUACUCUGCCCUCAUCGCCAUGGCGAUCCAGAGCGCACCAGAGCAGCGUCUGACCCUGAGCCAGAUCUACCUGUACGUGGCCGAGAACUUCCCCUUUUACAGCCGUAACAAGGCGGGCUGGCAGAACUCCAUCCGCCACAAUCUGUCGCUCAAUGACUGCUUUCGGAAAGUUCCCCGGGAGGAGAACAACCCUGGUAAAGGAAACUUCUGGACUCUGGACCCAAACUGCGACAAGAUGUUCGACAACGGCAACUUCUGCCGCAAGAGGAAAAGGAAGGCCGACAACGUGAGCGGCGCCAAGAAACGUUCUGCCUCCUCGUCAGAGUCCUCUUCCUCCUCAGAACCCAGCCCUAAAUGUCCCAGCAUGCAUUGCAGCAGCCUGGAACUUGCUGCUUUCUCAGACGACAGCUUACUGUCCACCCUGCAAGCCUCCCUCUCUCCUCCUCCUCCACAGCCCUCCGUGUACAUGAAGGUACCAGACGUGUCCUACUUGCUUCCUCCACUUCCUCAGGGAUUCGUCUCGACUUAUUCGCCGGGCGCUGUGGUGCCUCAGUGGGACGCCUGCAGCUCUUCUCCUCCUCCUCCGGCUACUUUCUUCCCAUCUUCCCAGUCAACUCCUCCUCACUUCUCCCCCACGUCGAUUUAUUCUGACCUGCAGACAGCAUGUUCUCCUCUGCUGGAGCUCCAGAAGGAGCAGCAUCUCCUAUCGGGGGAGGAGCUGCCUCUAACCUCUCUGGCUCUCCAGCAGAGACUCUGAUGUUUUUACCUCGCCUCUAUUGUGGUUGUGUUGGCACUGAU